AAUUGGCUUGUGAUCUUGAACUCUUAUUUUUUUGCUUGGCAGUAUAGACUACGAUUAUUUGCAGAACCAAUAUAUGUUUACAGGAUGUUUGCUUAUUUGAUUUUUAAAGCUACUUGAUAUUUAAGAGAGGUGCAACAUGGAUAAAACAUGGAUGGAUCUUGAGGAUAGGCACACCAAGGGCUAUUUACAAGGGGUGAAUUGUUUCCUAUCUUAUGCAUUUCGAAACUCAGCGAUAGGAAACAAAAUAUUGUGCCCCUGCAGGAAGUGUGUUAAUUCUUUUUGGAGAGAGGGAAGUGAAGUACGUGAACAUUUGAUAUGUGAUGGAAUUCUAAAGGGGUAUAAAAUAUGGAACUUACAUGGAGAAGCUAGCUCCUCUUCUGUCCACCAUGGUAACUUUGAUGGUGCAGAGUUUAGGGAGGACUCUAAUGAAGAAGAUGAUAUUUCUGAUUUCCUUCGAGACUUAGCAUGUGGUCUAGAUGAUAGAGGGGACUUGGAAGACAAUGAUUCAUUUCAGCAGCCUAGUAAGGAACUAAUGGCCAUUCAGAAGUUCGUAGAGGAUAAUAGUCAAGAGUUGUACCCUGGUUGCCAAAAAUACUCCAAGCUGCGUUUUCUAGUUAGAUUACUUCAUAUCAAACUCCUUGGAGGAUGGACUGAUAGAAGUUUUGACUUGCUUCUAGAUCUACUUAAUGAUGCAUUCCCUCAAGGUUCUGCACUACCUAAAACCUUCCAUGAAGCAAAGAAAUUAGUGAAAUCCAUAGGACUUGGGUAUGUUAGUAUUCAUGCAUGUGAAAAUGAUUGCGUUCUCUUUUGGAAGGAGCACGCUGAUUAUAAUUCAUGUCCAACAUGUAAGACUUCACGAUGGAAAUCAGAAAAGAAGUCUCUAGAUGGGAAACGGGUAUAUAAGGUUCCUAAGAAAGUUCUUCGCUAUUUUCCAAUAAAGAAAAGGCUCCAAAGGUUGUUUGUAUGCUCUAAAACUGCAAGUCUUACAAGAUGGCAUGAUAAAGGGCGGACAAAAGAUGGUUUGCUCAGGCAUCCUGCAGAUUCUCCUUUAUGGAAAGAUUUUGACCAUAAAUAUCCGGAGUUUGCUGCAGAUAGCCGCAAUAUUCGACUUGCUUUUGCCACAGAUGGUUUUAAUCCAUUCAGGUCUAUGAAUGUUAGCUAUAGUGUUUGGCCUGGUAUUUUGAUCCCUUAUAACUUUCCACCUUUUAUGUGUAUGAAGCAACCAAAUUUCAUCCUCUCUUUGUUAAUUCCUGGUCGACGUGCUCCUGGCAGUGAUAUGGAUGUCUAUUUUAAACCACUUGUUGAUGAUAUGUUAGAUAUGUUUGUUAAUGGGGUCAGAACUUAUGAUGCUUCGAAGGGUGAAUACUUUCAAUUGCGUGCAGCAAUAUUAUGGACCAUCACCGAUUUCCCAGGUCUAGGCUAUGUCUCAGGGUCUGUCACCUCUGGUGAAGCAGCUUGCCCUGAUUGUCACUCAAAUACAGACUCCAUUCAACUUAGUAAUGGCUGCAAGACUUGUUAUAUGGGACAUCGUAGAUUCUUACCUACAAUACAUCCAUUUCGGUUUGAUGCUAAUGCAUUUGAGGGUACUACCGAGCUUAGGCCUGCACCUACUCCGCUUUCCGGAGAGGAAAUUUUAGAGUGGACAGAAAAUCUGCAUACAGUUUUUGGGAAGGACCCAUCUCAGAAACCAACAAAAAAGCGCAGGCGCAAGGAAUGGGAGCCAUUGGUCAUUUUUAAAAGGAGGUCUAUUUGGUUCAAGCUUCCAUAUUGGAAGGACUUGAUGUUGCGACACAAUUAUGAUGUCAUGCAUAUAGAGAAAAAUGUGUGUGAUAACAUAGUUAAUACACUAAUGGGCAUUGACGAGAAAUCCAAGGAUAAUUUGAAUUCUCGCUUAGACCUUCAAGCUCUAGGUAUUAGAAGGGAUCUUCAUCCUGUUGAAUUAGAAGACAAGUUUUAUUUACCUCCAGCACCAUACUCAUUGAGUCCUGCUCAGAAGAGAUUAUUUUGUGAAAUACUAAAAGGAGUAAAAUUUACUGAUGGUUAUGCAUCUGAUAUACGACACAAUAUUCAUGUUAAGGAAAGAAAGAUAAUCGGGCUGAAGAGUCAUGACAGCCACAUUCUUCUAGAGCACCUACUUCCACUUGCCGUGAGAAGAUUGUUGCCUGAAAAAGUCUGUGCGGCAUUGAUUCGUGUAAGCAAUUUUUUCAAGAAAAUGUACUCUCCUGUUAUUCGAAUAAGUGAUAUGCAAAAGCUAGAAGCUGAAAUUGCUGAAACCUUGAGCCUUCUUGAGAUUAUAUUUCUCCCAUCAUUUUUCGAUAUUAUGGUACACUUAAUGGUUCAUCUUCCUACCCAAGCAAGAAUGGCUGGUCCCGUCCAUUUCCGCAGCAUGUGGGCUAUUGAGAGGUGA